GUCGAUGUUAAGGCUACGGAGAAAUCGACGCGUCCGCUUUCCCUUCCCUACUGGCGCGAGUUUAAAAAAAAACAAUUGAACAUUUUAAUUUUAUUAUCGAAUGCGAAAAUAUUUCGUUCGAUUUUCAAAAUAUAAGUAUUGUGUUUUAAAAAAUGUGUUUGUCAUAUUAGCUUUUCGAUUUUUUUUAAAGUGAAGAUUUUAACUUUUUAAUUUAUCUAUGGUGACAAGAUUAUAAAAUGAAAAAUGUGGAAACAAUUUGUUGAUUGACUAUAAUAUAUAUUAACUCCUGCAUGAAGCCACAGUGCGAUGAAGCCUUUUAUAAAGCAGGCAUUCGUGGUAAGCGGUGCGGCGUUGAACAUAGCCGGGCAUGGAUGCGCACACGGUUUCCCUGCUGUGUUGUUCGCGCAGUUGAAGAGGGACGGAGGGCCCGUCACGCUGACAGAUCAUGACACAUCAUGGAUUGCGUCUGCAGUCGGCGCGAUGGGCAUUGUGGGCAACUUCAUAUCCCCCGUCCUAAUGACCAAGUUCGGACGUCAGCGCGCACAUCUCAUCUCCACACUGCCUGCCCUUCUUGGCUGGCUUGUCUUCAUCUUCGGGAACACCGUGCCACUCUUCAUACUCGCCAGACUCCUACACGGACUUGCCUUAGGACUUAGAACACCAUUAGCAGCCAUUUUAGUCGCAGAAUACACUGACCCAAAGUAUCGAGGCGCCUUUUUGGGAACAUUUGCCAUCUCUCUCGGAAUGGGAAUCUUCCUCUCUCAUUUAUGGGGAGCCCAUUUAACCUGGAAGGUAACUGCAGCUGUCUGCGCCCUAUUCCCAAUCGUUGCUAUGGCUAUAAUAAGCCUGUCUCCAGAAUCACCAUGCUGGUUGGUUUCUAAAGCCAAGUAUGUUGAAGCUCGUAAAGCUUUCAAAUGGGUCAGAGGCGAAGGUGCUGCUCAGCAAGAAGAAUUAGAAGCGAUGAUAAACGCACAAAAAUUGGAGAAAGCAGAAAACAGGCCAGACUACACAGAAACUCACGUCUGUAACAACAUAUUCAAGAAGAUUGUGGAGUCGAUCAGUGCUGUUGUCAAGAUAUUUAAGAAGAAAGAGUUUUAUAAGCCUGCCAUAAUUGCUAUUAGCAUGCUGAUUGUGUUCGAAUUUGGGGGAGCGCAUAUGGUAGCGGCGUACGGAAAUAUCAUCCUUCAAGUGGUUUUGGACAAGAAGGACCCUCAAGAUGUAGCGUGGCAGUUCACAGUGAUCGAUUUACUAAGGACAGUGUGUGCAUUCUUAGCUAUAUUCCUACUCAAAUGCUGCAAACGAAGAACUAUUUUGUUCUCAAGUGGUGUCAUGACCGUUCUGUCGAUGUCAUCUAUUUCAGCCUUCGUAUAUAUGAGAAGAGCUGGUGUUUUUACUGCGCCAUGGAUGUUGGAUAUUUUACCAAUGGCGUUGAUGGUCUUGUACACUUUAUCGUUCUGUUUAGGACUAGCUGCAUUGAAUUGGGUGAUAUGUGGUGAAGUAUUUCCUUUAGCUUAUAGAAGUUUAGGUUCUACACUUUCCACGUCAUUUUUGACUCCUUCAUUUGUGAUUUCAAUGAAAACUGCACCACAUUUGUAUUCCUCUGUUGGGGUAGAGGGUGCAUACUUAGUUUAUUCUGCAAUUUUGACUGUGUUCCUAAGUGUAAUGUAUGUUUUAUUGCCUGAAACUAAAGAUAGGACGUUGCAGGAUAUUGAGGAUAGUUUUAAAGGUAAGAAGAGUAAUGAUCCUGAAGCGCAAAUGAAACUAAUAAUAAAAGAGGAAGGAGUAGUAGUGAGUAAAGACGCUACUGAAACGUAUUGAGCUUUGAAAGUACCAAAUGAAAUAUACGAAUAGGUAGGUAUUAAAAUAGAUUUAAAUACAGGGUAUAUUUUGUAUCCAAGUGAAUAUAGGAUUAAACAAUAUAAUAAUAAUGAUUAUGUUGCAAUUGCAUUCUGAUUUCUUGUUAAAAGAAUUAAAAAUGUGACGAACGACAGACAAAUUCCACGACUACAAUUAAUUAGGUUUUUAAUUAUGCAUUUUAAAAGAAUAAUUAUGUGAUAGAAUCAUUUGUCUGAUGUAUUAUCGAUUAAAUCGAAUACGACAAAUCGAAUUUUGCUCGAAGUAAUAAGGGUUUUUGAUACAACGCGUACCUACUAGAGGCGUAAGAUUCCGGAGCUACGGACAACCUAGCGGGUUACCGGGGCUCCGGCUCAAAGCAGGAGUAGGAACAGGGUGGUUUUUAUUCAGCAAGAGUCUCACACUAUCUCUCGCCUCACUUAGGGUGAGAAAACUUUGUACGUUUGCUGCAUGGAAAAAUGCAGGGGAUAUUUUUUAUCCCCUCAAAAAAGAGUCAUAUUAGUCCAAUCACAAGUUGACUGACUAAUGAUUUGCCUUUCGCAAAAAUUUUAAUGGUCAAAAGACUAUAAGCUACAUGGACACCCUCAAUACAAUAACUAAGGUAUACCUAAACAUUACGUAUGGUACUUUUUAGUGAGAUUUAAAUAUAGGAAGUUUAUGUGUUUACCUAUCCAGUAUACUUUUGAUAAUAAGCAAUAAUAAUUACUAUGUAUGUAGGUACUAAGACCAAAUAAUUUUAAGAAAAUAUUGUACAAAUAAAUAUAAGUUUCGUAUGACAUAA